AUUGUGCACACAGUGGAUGAAGCACAAUUAUAACCCUCUAACAUGACACUUCUAUUUAUUUGCAGAUAACAAAUGUCAAUGACCGUCUGGCGGCAUUAAGUAUUUGAUCUGAAAUGGCGACUAUGCAGAGUGCUUUGUUUCCUUGUAGUUCUCUACUUAAUGACACUUCUUCGUUUUGUAAGCUCAAUGAAGUCCGUCUACUCAAUUUCAAAGAUCAAUCUUCUAUAAGUUCAUCCAGAAGUUUUAGUGGCAACUCAACCUCAAAGCCAAAUACACUACAGGCCCAGAUUUCCCUUAGUGCGGAUAAUACCAGAAGCAUUUGUCAUCAUCCCAGAGUCGAGACUCGGACCGAUUUCGACAUAUGUCAUUGCCUUCUUUCUUUCCUGAACAACGAACUUAUUUAUGAUUGCAGGCAGAUACAUGCUGCAGCUGUAAAGCUUAAUGCUUUUGAAGUGGACUGUGUUAUUGGGAACAAGCUAGCUGUUUUGUACUGUAAGAAGAAGGAGUUAUUUGGUUGUGCCCGCCAGUUGUUUGAUGAAAUUCCCAAACGAACCAGACCAGGUUAUUUGGCGUUAAUUAACACAUAUUGCUGGUUAGAACAAUGGGAAGAUUUUUUUUGGCUCCUAGGAUUGAUGGUUAGUGAAGGGUUGUUUCCUGAUAAGUAUCUUGUACCUACUGUUCUUAAAGCCUGUUCAGCAUUGAAGUUGUCAAGGAAAGGUAAAAUGCUUCAUGGGUACAUCACAAGGAAGGAUUUAAAUUCAGAUAUUUUUGUUGGGAAUUCACUUAUUGAUUUUUAUGCAAAUUGUGGGGAAUUGAGAUCUUCCAGCAGUGUUUUUUAUGCCAUGAGAGAGAAAGACGUAGUAUCGUGGACUACCCUUGUUUCAGCUUACCUGGACGUAGGCCUUUUAGAUUAUGCCACUGAGGUUUUUCAUUCUAUGCAGUUGAAUGGGGUGAAGCCUGACUUGAUAUCUUGGAAUGCACUUGUAUCUGGGUUUGCACGGAAUGGAGAGAUUGAUUUGGCUCUACAGUAUUUGGAAGAAAUGCAAGAAAUGGGAGUGAAGCCAAGGGUUAACACUUGGAAUGGAAUCAUUUCUGGUUGUGUUCAAAACAAGUAUUUUGAAGAUGCAUUAGAUGCAUUCUACAGUAUGUUGUGGUAUCCUGAAACCCCAAAUUCUGUUACAAUUGCAAGCAUUUUACCAGCUUGUGCAGGAUUAGAAAAUCUUAAUUUAGGAGAGGUGUUUCAUGGAUAUGCUCUUAGACAUCAGCUUUGUGGAAACAUUCAUGUGGAGGGUUCAUUAAUCGAUAUGUACUUAAAAUGUGGAAGAACCGACAAUGCAACUAAAAUUUUUUAUAAGGCAGAAAACAAAAACACAACCAUGUGGAAUGAAAUGAUAGCAGCAUUUGUAAAUGUGGGGAAUAUGAAGAAGGCAAUGGAGCUUCUCAGGCUGAUGCAAAAUGAUGGUCCAAAACCUGAUGUCAUAUCAUUUAAUACUAUGCUUGCUGGCCACGCAAGAGUUGGACAAAAAUAUGAGGCAUAUAAAUUGCUGUCUGAAAUGGUCCAGAUGGGUUUAAGUCCAAAUGUUGUUUCCUGUAAUAUUUUAAUUUCUGGUUUUCAACAAUCUGGGCAAAGUUAUGUAGCUCUGAAGUUGUUUCAGGACAUGCAAUCUUCAUCAAAUGGUAGCUUCUUCAGUGACAUGUUCCCUCAGUCUGCUCGACCAAACUCAAUAACUACCACCAGUGCUCUGACAGCUUGUGCUUACCUAAAUCUAAAACGUCAAGGAAAGGAAAUCCAUGGAUACACAUUGAGGAUUGGAUUUGAGUGCAAUACCUAUGUCUCCUGUGCAUUGGUUCAUAUGUAUUCAAAAUGCGGUGAUAUUGUUUCAGCAACCAAAGUUUUCAAGAAAAUAGAUGAUAGAAACACAAGAUGUUGGAAUGCUUUUAUUGCAGGGCAUGUCAACAAUAUGCAUCCUGGUGUUGCUUUUACACUUUUCAGCGAAAUGCUAGCAGAAGUAUAUGAACUUUCCAAGAAAGAAGUAAAGUUGGCACACCUGAAAGACCCCUCACUGAUUUAAGUCAUUUGAGCUACAGAGGAUACUGGACGAGAGUACUUUUAGACAUUUUGAAAAAGCACAAGGGCAAUAUUUCUAUCAAGGAGCCGAGUGGCAUGGUAGCCAUAAAUUGACGACCCUACAAGGCCUAGAAAUUGGAAUUGAUCCAGUAUAGAAAGGUGCAGAUCCUAAAGUUCUGGAUCGUCGUCUAAAAGCAGCGCGUCGUGGGGGUCUCGAGGUUGAUGUUACCAAGUUGAUCUGGACCCCAUACAAAGAGCAAGGUUGACUGACUUCUCUUCUCUUCUCUUCGACAAUAAGGUUCCUUUCCAGAUAAAAAAAAGACACUUGAGUUGAGUGGUCACUUACUUCUUCUGCUUGUAUAAUAUAAAACCAUCAUUAGUGGACUCCAUCUCCAGACUCUAUAUAUAGACUAAGGUUCUUUCUUUAGCAGCAUGAAACAGAAAAUGGUCCAUUGUUUCCUAAUCCUACCCUAGGGUCUUAAUUACUCUUGAUACCACCAUAUGUUUCUGAUUUAUCUUUGACAUGUUAAUAAUAUUAGUUAUUCACGACCUCGCAAUCAGAUUCCUUCAUUUGCUACUUGAUUGUAAAAGGUCUUGAAGAAAAGUUUGCGUGUGUAGAAAUGAGAUUUGAGAGAAAGAAUAUGAGUAAUGAAAAAUGUGAUCCCAGUGACUGAAGUUCACCGAGGCUUAACUUCAUAUAUAUAGACAUGAGCUACCGAAAGAGUAAGAAGCUACAAGAAGCUUCUGCAACAGAAAGUUGUUCCAGUAAUCGGAAGGUUGUUACAACUCCAUAACUAACUUAUAAACUGUCUAACUGAAUACAGCUCAAGAGCUAACUAAAAACAGUUGAAGGAAAAUAUACUAUCCAUGCUCCGAAGAGGUAUCUCAAAUAUGUAGCACUUGCAACGACUACAACUAUGUUAUCAUCAUCAAUCACACAUCAUUUGAAUAUUGAUGUAUUUAUGAAUUAGAUAUAUCUUAAUAGAUCAAGUUGUGCCACUUCAAAUGCUACUGAGAUAAGAAAUGGGACAUAGUAUUAGACAUUUGUUCUAAGAUAUGAAGAAAAAUGGUACGAAAUAUGAUGUGGUGAAUUAGAUCAAAUCAUCAAAUGCAUUGCAAACUCUGGUUAAGUAGGACCAAAACCUGUAAAAAAAAAAAGCUCUCUUGAAGUUGCUAACGCUUUUUGAGGGGACGCGGGAACCGAGUUUAACCUCUUGAUUCUCCCUUAAUAAAGGAAAAAGAAAAGAAAA